AUGACAUCUGCUAUACUUGCUCCGUGGACCCGUCCCGUACUAAAGGCUAUCCAAGGUGCAGCAGACAUGCAGCGGAAGAUCGACAAGCUUGCCACACAGUUGGCAGCCUUCACAGACGAACUGAGCAAUCUGAACCCGUUCUUGAUCGCGGAUGCAACCGUUAACAAGGCCAUGGCCCUGCACCCUAACAAUAAGGCCGGCAAGAAGGUUGUGCAGGAUGCCUUGCGCGCCGCUAAACAAGACUAA